UUAAAUGUACGUUCUACUCGCCUUUAACUUUCUUAACAUAAAAAGAAAAAGAACAGUAGUAUUCAUUUAUUUCACUCUAAGUUGUGAAUUUAAUUAUUAUUGUCGUACAGUCUUGUUAACAUUGAUGUCGGAGCUAAAAUUUCGUGUUCCUAUGCUAUUGAUUAGAAGUUCUUAGUUAACAACAAAUAAUCAUGUUCCUUAUCCUACUAGCAAAUAAUUUGCAAAUGGAGUUGAUGACAGAACGUUAUUUUCAAAAACCACUACGACUGAGUCACAGUGCAUCAAAUUUACCAGAUAUUUUGCAAUAUGCAAGAUCAGGAUCUUCAGGAAGAUUUGAUGAUAUAACAGAAGGCAGUUAUCCAGCUAUUUAUACGCACAGGAAUAUCAGAUCAUUUGCACCCUGGCGCCCCAAGUCUCAUUUUUCCCCGGACCGAUUAUCUUAUUUUAAUGAUGACAAGUCAGCAAAACUACUGGGUCCCAUUGUCAACGUUACUGGAGAUUCGCUAGGUUUACAUGAACUGGAGGGUUUAAGAAUUCCUUCUAUAUACUCAGCUGCACGCAACGCUUUAUACACAAGAUAUACGCCUGCCGACUGGACUAAGGGUAACUUUACUCGGCUGUCAAACUCAGAGCAGGCAAUGAAGAGAGCUGAACAUAUAAGAGGAAAUGGAGAACGUUUGGGAGUUGAAGCAGAUGACAGAAUUAAACGAGCACAACAGGAAGUUGGCAGACUACUUGGUCAAAGAAUUAAUGAUAUCAAUUAUAUGAAACAUGAAUUAAAUAACGAACUUGAUGCACUUAUUAAUGAAAUGAAUAAAUUAAAUGAAUCUAAACGAAUUGCUGAAAAAGCAUUCGCCGAAAUUGAAAAUCCAUUACAUAUUACACAAGAAUGUUUAUAUCAUCGGGAAAAACGUCAAUCUACUGACCUCGUACAUGAUCAACCAGAAAAAGCACUUUUAAAAGAAAUUGAUGGAAUAAAAGUUUGUCAAGAACAAAUUAAAAAUAUUAUAAAUCGUGCUACAGCACAAUUAAGUUUAUGUCGUAGUGUUCAACAUGAAUUAGAACAAGAUAGUUCAGAUAAAUUUAGGGCAUUACAAUUGGAUCAAUUAGCUCAUCAAUUACGUAAUUCAUCGGCUAAUAUUGCAUUAUAUGGUGAUAUUGAGAAAUUAGAAAAAUGGAUGAGUGUACCGGAAAAAUGGGCUGAACACACAAGUGCUAAUUUAAAACGUUCCCAAGCUGAACGUGCAGCAAGUCGAUCUAUUCGUGAAGCAAUUGAACAUUGUUUAGGAGCAACAUUCAGUAGAAUACGUGAUUUAUGGUCUUCAACUAAUGCAUGUUUAUCUCAACGUAUACAAGAAACAAUGGAAGCUAAGAAUAGAAUACAAGUUCAAUUAGAGAAAAUUAAUCAAGAAUUAUUUGAUGUUGAAAAGAAUAUGGAAUAUUUAAAAAGAUGUAUAGCUGAUAAACAAGCACCAUUGAAAGUGGCUAGAACAAGAUUGGAUUUACGUAAUCGACGUCCAAAUAUUGAACUAUGUCAUGAUGAUCCACAUGAAAGAUUAUUACGUGAAAUAGCAGAAUUACAAGAAUCAAUUGAUCAACUUGUCAGUCAAUUAACAGAUAUACAAACAGCACAUCAAGAUUUAUUAAAUAAUAAAAGUCGUUUAGAAAUGGAUUUAUCUAUUAAAGCUAAUAGUAUAUAUAUUGAUCGUGAAAAAUGUUUAGGUUUACGUAAAACAUUUCCAAUGAAUCCUUCUUUAAUUGCACCAGUUUAA